AUGCCUCGCGUGCAUGUCCGCGCGGGCGCCGACAUAGGCAUGGAACCGGCCGCCUCCGCUGCGGCAGAAGGAGCCCCACUGGGCCAGCGCGCGGAGGUUGCGGGGCCAGUCCUCGGCGAAGACGCGGCGCAGGGACCGGGCUGUCCUCGCAGAGAAGGCGGCCGUAGGGAGGGGAAGGAGGAGGAGGAGGUCCCGCUGCGGCUGCGGCUCGGGAGGGCGAGGCGGCGGGCGGGGCCCGGCACGCCGGCACCCUCGUGGAAGCUGGAGGGCUCACCGGGUUCGCCGGAGCGGCAAGGACAGGCGGAAAUGGCUGCUGCUCCUGUUCCGGCCCCGAGGAGGAGCUCUGCGUCCGCUUCGGCUUCCGCGCGCCAGCUGGGCGCCAGCCUCUGGGAGAUCCACGACGUCACGCGGGAGGCCCGGCGCAGCGGGGGGCGGAGGCGCCGGAGCGGGAACGGGCCUGCCGGUGUCGGCUCCCAAGUGGAUAAGCCUCAGAGUUCAGGUGGCUUUGAUAGGAAUCCUACAGAUUUAUCCAAGGAUCUACAUAAGUUGCAUCAAGAAAGGAGUCAUGCAGCACAGCCUUUUUCACCUGCAAGUUAUACCAGCUCAACCAGGGGGUCCAAUAUAGACCAAGCUAUCAACCUAGGUCGUUCUUUGGAUGUCAAGGACAGAUCAAGGGUAGCAGGUUAUAAUCUUAAUACAUCAACAGAACUAUUGAAGGUUCUCAAUAGAAUUUGGAGCCUGGAAGAACAGCAAACUGCUAAUAUGUCAGUGGUUAAGGGUUUAAAAUUAGAAUUACAGCAGGCACAGGCACAUAUUCAAGAACUUAAGCAAGAGAGACGAGGAUACCGCCAUGAAGUUGCUUCACUAAUGAGGCAGCUCUCCGAGGACAAACUUGUCCGAAAAAAUAAGAAUCAAGAGAAGAUUGAAGGAGCCCUUUGUUCCCUCCAAGAUGAAGUAGCGGAUGAGAGACACCUUUGGUGGCAUUCUGAGGAUCGCCAAAGGAAGUCUGGCAGGGAGUUAUCUGAGGUAAAACCAGCAUUUCUGAAGGCACUUAAGGACCUCGAGAAGGAGAAGAAAACAAAUCACCUCCUAGAAGGCCUUUGUGAUCAGUUUGCAUUGGGAAUCCGGAACUAUGAAGAGGAAGUCAGCAUGCUAAAACAAAGGCAUGGAAAUAUUUAUGAACACAAGUUUGAUAAGUCUGUUCUUCAUAUUUCGGAAGCGUGGCUUGAUGAAAGAAUGCAGAUGCAAAAUAUUGAUGUCCAGGAAGACUCGCUGCAGAAAGCUACAAUAACAGAGAGACUGAGCAGUGAAAUCAAGGCUUUUCUUCUUGCUAAAACAUCAGCUAGCUCUAAGAAUAAUGUCAAAUGCAUGAAUGAUACUAGGCGAGAUUCUAGCUUACGUCGGCAAUCCCUUGAGUCGGUCCAUUUGAAUGGUACCACAAGUGCUCCUCAGGUAGCUGAAGAUGACGACGAUGAUUCUGUUGCUAGUGACCUGCAUUGCUUUGAGCUGACCAUGCAUGGAAAUGGCAACCGGAAUCAUCACCAUACAGGACCUCACAGAAGCGGCACAGCUAGCAUGGAUGAACCAAAGAGAAUAUCAGGAUACUCUUACAGUACAGCCGGUGAAAGUUCGCAUAUGUCGCAUGUUCCAGUGUAUGCACAGAAAGACAGUUACCCACAGUACGUCGCCAGAACUCGAGAAAACAACUCCCACAGCAGUGCUGGAGUUGCUUCAGCUGAAGUCAGUUAUGCCAAUAAAUCUCGAGGAUCUCACAUUGAAUCGUUAAAUCACAAUUUGGAGGCUCUUCCUGCUGAUUGUUUGGGCCAGGAAUCCCUUGAUCAUUACUCCCGAAGAAGUCUGUUUUGUGAAGGCACGGAUUCAGGGGAUUUAUGUAAUCUCCACGGUCUAGCAAGGCAACCGAACUACCAAUCAACACUUUCGGGCCACGAGAUAAUCGAAUGCUCGCUGGAACUGCCAGGAGGGGUGAAAGAGAACACCCUGAAGGCAAAACUGCUUCAGGCACGACUAGAGGGGCGGCAUGCCCGAUUGAAGGCGACAGGAGGUUCGUUAUCCAGCAGGAGAAAAUAAGAGCAUCUAAUGCCCGUGACGUGCAGCAAAUCAGUGGUGCAAUAUAGAUGGUUCACGUAGCUUGGGCAUCUUCUUUAGUGUUGGAUCCAGUAAUCCUGUACAUUGCACGCAGCACGCGAAUCCUAAUUCACCGAACUUCUAUGUAAAUUAACCUGUUAAUUCGUUGUCCACGGGGUGCUUGGGGAGGCCAAGAACUCAAGUUUGAGAAGGUUUUUGUGUAUGUAAUGGCACCUGCAUGCUGUUAACCUUUUGAUUUUCUUCUGC